UAAGUACUCAAAGUAAACUCCAGAUCUGAAAUCACAGUUGAAAACUGAAACAAAAUGGAAGAAAUCGGAAUAGUUAUUGUCGGCGGCGGAAUCGCUGGUCUCGCCACUUCGCUUGCUCUUCACAGGAAAGGAAUAAAAAGUGUUGUGUUGGAGAGAGCCGAGAAAGUGAGGUCGGAAGGAGCUGGAAUUGGAACUCUUACUAAUGGCUGGAGAGCUCUUGAUCAGCUUGGCGUCUCUGAUCGUCUUCGUCUCACGUCUAAUCUUAUUCACAAAGCACGGACCAUGUUGAUUGAGGAUGGGAAGAAAAAACGAGAAUUCGUUUUAAACAUCAAAGACGAAGCUCGUUGUAUUAGAAGGAACGAUCUUGUUGAGGCCUUAGCCGAUGCUCUCCCUGAUGGAACCAUCCGGUUCAAUUCCCAAAUUGUUUCAAUCCAAGAGGACGAAACUACGUCGUUUCCAAUCGUUCACUUAUCCAAUGGCAAUACGAUCAAAGCCAAGGUCUUGAUCGGAUGCGAUGGUGCAAAUUCUGUCGUCAGUGACUAUCUGCGGUUAGGCCCUAAAAAGGCAUUUGCUUGUCGUGCGGUGAGAGGGUUCACUAAUUACCCAAACGGCCAUGGAUUUCCACAAGAGCUUCUAAGGAUGAAGAUAGGCAACGUCUUAGUUGGAAGACUUCCUUUGAACGAUAACCAGGUCUUUUGGUUUGUAGUCCAUAUGCAAGACAGUCAUCACAACAUUAAGGAUCAAGAAUCGAUAGCAAAUGUGACUCUAAAAUGGGUCGAUAAGUUAUCUGAAGACUGGAAAGAAAUGGUGAAAAGAUGCAAUGUGGAGUCAUUAACAUUGACACAUUUAAGGUACCGUUCGCCGUGGGAAAUCAUGUUCGGGAAAUUCCGACGUGGGACCGUGACUGUAGCUGGCGAUGCAAUGCACGUGAUGGGUCCAUUCCUCGGACAAGGCGGCUCGGCUGCACUAGAGGAUUCGGUUGUUCUUGCUAGAUGUCUAGCUAGGAAAAUGGGUCCGGACCAUGGAGACUUGUUAAAGGAUUGUUCCGUUAAAAGCAUUGUAGAAGCUAUUGAUGAGUAUGUGAAUGAACGUCGGAUGAGACUAGUUGGGCUUUCGACGCAGACGUAUUUGACGGGACGGUCGCUACAAACGCAGUCAAUGGUCGUCAGGCUCAUGUUUAUUGUGUUGUUGGUGCUGUUGUUUGGGCGUGAUCAGAUUCGUCAUACUAAAUACGAUUGCGGCCGACUCUAGAAACUUAUGGACACUUUUUUUUUUCUUUUUUUUGAAACAACUUGAUGGACACUUUAUAACUAGUCUUAAGACGAAAGGAGUACAACUUAAGACGAUAAUUAAAGCACAAAACCUCUUAAAGACUAGUUAUA